AUGCAGCUGCGGAAAGGUUACAACCCUACCAUGAGAAAUGACACAAUAAAGUCCUUCUUGUCCUAUACAUCUCGUUCAUCAUGGUCUUUGAUGGAAAUGGCAGCUGCCGGGUUUUAUCUCAGUGUUAAAUCCCUUGUGCAGUGUUUUUGCUGCGGAUUAGUUUUAUUUACCAUAAAGGUUAGAUGCACCCCGUACAAACAGCACAAGAAAUUUUGUCCCACUUGUGGAUUUGUCCUGGGCAAAGAGGUGGGUACUAUUUCAAAGUACAGCAUAUGUGUUCAGAAGUUGGAGAGGAACCAGCAGGGUAUGCCUACAGGCAAGAAAGAUACAGUGUAGUGUUUUGCUUGUGGUGGAUGUGCGGGAAAUUGGAAAGAUGGUGGUGAUCCAUGGAGAGAACAUGUUAAAUGAUUUCCCAGAUGUGAAUUCUUUCAAAGUAAGAAAUAAAGUGAAGAAAUUAAAAACUACAUUGAAACGUACAGUGGAUUUGUUGGAGUGAUGCUGCUGAAAGUUACGGGUCGGGGUCUUCAUAUCAUGGGAGGUGGUCUUUGGGAGGAAGGCCGUGAUCUUGUCUUGAGCAUCUUUGAGUUUGAAGGAGUUCGACUGGACUCUAAAACUUGGCCAGCAGAAGUCCAUGUGAAAGCCACUGCUCUUGCUAAAGCUGGGGUUUUCUAUAUAGGCUUGAACCAGUAUCGGGUGAUCAGUGGGAAGUUCCAUAUCAUUGGGCAUACCAUACAGCAUUUGGGGAUAUGCCAGUACCGGUUCGCAGCUGGAUUCGAAUAUUCAGAAGCACUAGGGCUUAACUCUGCCAUUGUGCUGGAAGGUGCAGCAAGAAGUGAAAAAACAGCAUUGUUCAGGAAGAUAGCUCUUCUUUGAGCUUCAGGCUGCUGCCCCAUUUUGAACAGGUUUAAGUUCGUAUUUUAUCGCUCCCUGAGUUAUGCAAGGUCAGAUCAGAGCAUGGUUGAUAUUAUAUGCAAUCUUCCAAUAGGAUUUGUGGGACCAUUAACAGCAACAACUCUAAGAGAUGUAAUUCAUCCACUGAAAAAACAGGUCUUAAUUCUUUUGGAUGAGUAUAGUAAGAUGAAUUCAGUGCCCCACAUUGUAAAGAACUUUGCAACGACCACUUUAAGCACUGCAGAAUUCCCUCUGUCCAUCACUGGGUGUGUACUAAAGAAUUUCUCCUACAAUAUUGACCUUGUGAAGCAGCUUCUCUUUCAGCUGGUUGGUACUUGAAAGUCUAUGCAGACCAUUGAAAAGACACCACUUUUUAUGGGGUCUCUCACUGCAUAUUGGGUACAGCACCCAAAGCAUAACAUAAUCAGUUAUAAGGCUAUUUUUAAAGCCUAUCAUCUGCUCUGUCACUUACUAAAAUGCAGUGAAGAAAGAGAACAUAUACCAGCUAUGUUUUCCUCAUGUGAUGAGCUUGCCUUAACAAGUCUUUCUAAGCCAUCCUUUGACUUCACUGAGUGUGCUGAAGCAGGAGUUGAUGGAGAUGAAGAUGUUAGGCUGGGUUUACUGAGCAAAUUUACUGCUCAAAGGCUUCAUCCAGUUUAUAAAUUCUUUCACCUCUUGUUCCAGGAGUUUGUUGCAGGGAGAACUGAACUCCUGGUUUCUGAUGAAAAAGAAAAACUGGAGUAAGGGCUUCAGUACUUGCGGCAAGUCAACACAUUUAGACUAGAGCUGGGUGCUAUAGCUUUUUUAUAGGUCUACACUUGCAGCUUCUCCAAAGCAGUCCCCAAAAUUAUAUCAUAUUUAUUUAAACUGAUAGAUUGCAAGGAGUCAUUGGAAAGCUAGUCAGAAAAUGAAGCUGACCUCAGAAAUUUAAUGUUUUCUGGUUUGGGUUAUAUUGAACUUCAGCUGCAUAAGAGUCUUGGAUUUGUAGAAGUUAUCCAACCUGCUAUUGAAAGUUCAAGGAACAUUUUAAAAAAAUUUAAUUUCCAUCCUCCUAACUUGAGGAUAACAGAUCAAGAAUUACUUCUUUUAAUGUCCAAGAAUGAAAACUUAUACUUUCCUUUCCUCCUACUUGCUGCUCUGCCCAAUUUUGUCUUUCUCAGGCUGGAUCUUAAAAGCCAGUAUUUUGAUGACAAGGAAGCUUCAAAGGUUGCAAACUGUGGAGGUUUCCAGGAGCUUGAAAGGCUCUCACUGAUUACAGUAAAUUAUAACGUUACAGAAACUGGUUAGAAAAACUUCUUUAGAACACUUAAUAAUAUGCCUGCUUUAAAAGAGCUGGACAGUAGCCGUAUGUUCACACAAAUCAAAGCAGUGACAGCUUUUCUCCCUUGCAUUUCUUCAUUGCUUGAUCUUGUGACAAUGGUGGGUUGGCUCCUUGAUGCAGAGAACCUUAAAAUAUCUGAUAUCAUGAAGGAGCAGCAUCCCCAGUCUAGGAGUUUAAAAUUAUCUUGGCAAUGGGUUUUGCCACUUGCACUGAUUUUUCUAGACUAG